AUGCCGGCAGAAACGCUAUGUACGGACGUUGCAGCUGGGUAUUACAAAAGCGACGUGAAAUCAGAAGACGGAAGCUCGGAAACUUCUCUCCGGGACGAUUUUAGGUCGCCGGAGCUGUUUCACAGAGAGGAAAGAGGGUUUGGAAGAGGAGAUGAGCUGAGAGCGAACAUGAAAGGGGGUUUUGAG